GGGCAUCUUGACCUUAAAUGUCAUCUUCAUCUUGUUCUUCAGCAAAUCUAACGAGCAGGUCUUCAAGUUCAAAUAUCUGGUUUGCUCGACCGCAAUACUUUACCCAUCUCGCUGAGAAUGACGGGUGGGCAUGCGAUGUCUGCGUAUCAGGGCACAUGGGACAGCUCGAGUUCUCCAGCCUUCGUACAGCAGUGCAACACGAGCGCUCUUCCCCCGAUCAUGCCCGCUAUGUCUCAGAAUUUGACUGGUGGGAUCGGGAUGAGAGCGGUUGGGAAGUCGACGUUCCGCCAUUGACGAGCGAAGGACUGCGUGCACAGGAACGACAAACGCAUGUUGACCAUGUCCACGAGAUGGUCCCGUUUUGGAGGAAGGCGGUGGAGGCUGCUGAGAGGGGGGAGGUGCUAAAGUUGGAGGAGUUCCUCGAUCGGUUGGAGGCGAGGGGUCCGUGGGGUACUUUCGAUGAUAUCUGGGGCGCUCAGCCUGGGACGGGUAAAGAUGCGUGGUCUGCUUGGGACGAUGAUGGUGGAGAUAAACACUGGGGCAAGGUGGAACCUUGGGCAGCUAGAGACGAUGAUUCGGUUAAACGACCGGCAAGAACUAACUCCUUUUGGGGCGAUAAGCCAGACCAUCUACCCAGACAAGAAUGUCAUCCCAGAUCAGGGAUUGGGGAGAGAGUUGUAGGUCAAGGGCUAGGACGGAAGAAAGCAGUCGACUCGCCAAGGAAGGAUGAUACCUACGGAUUUGUUGAAGCCAUUGCCAGGCAAGAAGCUGCGAAUGAGGAACGAAAACAAAGGAUGCAUGUGUUUUACAAGAUGCCUACCCACCAGAAAGUGCAAAAGAUUCAAGAAAUGAUAUAUUUCCUCCGUGCAAAUCCUAUGUAGCUACCAGUUUGAGUCGUGGAUAUCCAUCUGUAGUGCAUAUCGUAUGAGGACAUUUUCUUAUCUCUAUCUGUUGUUAUUAGCGACUGGAAUACGCCAUAUAUGCCUGGAUAGCUUUGUGUAUCAUAGCCCCUAGUCAAAUGCAUCCCACUACACCUGGACCGGG